CAUUUCCGAGCUUGUCAUUGUUUCCGCUUCCACCUCAGAGAAGCCUCACGCCUCCUCAUAUCUCAUUUGAGUGUUUGUGUGUGUGUGUGUGCGUGUGUUUAUUUUGCACUAAAAUCUCUGCAGUACUUGUAGUUUGAGCAGCCCGGAGCUCGAGGAGAGUUUUUCUUUUCAUAACAAUGGGGGACAUCGAGGCUCCCAGCUCGAACCGGCCGCCCCAGGCUGUCCUGAAGUCUAUUCUUCCCAGCAAAGAGUUCGUCACAUCCAGGAAAGGAAUGCUGCUUAUUGCUGAAGUGGGUCUGUCCUUUAUAUCAUUCGUGUGCUUCGCUGGAUCCUCGGCAGCAGCAUUUGUGACCGUCCCCCUGCUGGCAUUCCUGGCUUCUCUCUUCCUGCUGUUUGGUUACUCCACCAAAUUCAACGAGAGGUUUAAAGGUUUCUGCUGGCCUCUAACGGAUUUCAUUAGAUGCGUGACUGCCUCCAUUAUCUUUUUCAUCAUCUCAAUAAUGGCAGUGUCCAGAUACUCAGACGGUUCCUCAAAGGCUGCUGGGAUAUUUGGGUUCAUCGCCACCAUUGUUUUUGCCGUAGAUUUUUAUUUUAUUUUUAAUGAGCUGGCCAGUUUCUUGAAGCAAGGAGGGGAGUCCAACGAGGAACCGUCAAGACAGCAAGAUGAAUUUUCAGACUCUGACUCAGACUGAAACUGUGGGGAUCUUUGGCAGAACAAGUGUGAUCAUGCAGUCUAAACCUUUGUAGUAAAAAUCAACACUGCCGAGCAGAUAUUUGCAAACACCUGCCUGGUUUUUGUGCAACAGAGUUACAGAAGGACACUGUAUAUCAAGGUCAGACUCAUUGUUGGUCAGUUUCAAGUCACCGAACACGAACAAAGAAGGUUUUAGUGCAAUUCACACAUUAGAAAAAAUACUUUUUAAACUGACGCAUCAAACACGCUAGCCUUCUGUUUCAUUGGUUGCUACACAAAGUUUAUAAAACAUGUUCUUUUCUUUUUUCAUGUUCAAGUUUACUUCCAGUGUCUUAGAUCAUUUGCCAAAAAUGUAAGAGCUACUAUCACUCCAACACUUUCCUGAAGCUGUGAAACUGUUUCUGCUCAUGUUAUGGAGAAGCAGUUAUUAACAUCAAAAAGUGCGUGCAUUAUGUCUAAAUCAGGGGAAAAUACUCUAGCCCUGUUUACAUGUUUGCACACUAGAACACUGCAAAAUGCCUUAUUAAAUAAAUGUUUACCAAUGUACUAAUAAUGUAAUAAUGCUGUAACAGGAAUUCAGACCAGGAGGCCUGCUUAACUGUCCUUUAUUAAAUUGACAGCAUUAUGUUUAUAACCCUGUUUCCUAUAAAGUUUGCACACUGUGUAAAAUGCAACCCUAUAUUUAAUUUUAAGCAUCAGAUGCUGCCUUUCAGAAUUCUUCUUAUUUACUCGAAAGCAGUAGGCUCAUUUAGAGAUUGAUUACAGCAAAGCUUUUCCAAAGAAACUGUAAAGGGGGCGUGUUUACAACUCGGCUGCGUUGCAUCUGCUCUGUAGUCUGUUAAAAGGGACCUAAGGAGUCAACUUGCUAUGAUUUUGGAGAUAAAUUGCUUUCCCUUUGUCACUUGAUGAUGGGUUUCAGCACCUUAACAACUGCAGGCCUCCUUUGUUGUAUUUUUGUUUUCUAGUGCUCCAAAUAUUUUUAAUAGAUGUCAGGUCUGGUUUACAAGCAGGCCAGCUCACCACCCAGAAUCUUUUAAAAUGGAGCCAUGCUGUUACAGUAUGUACAGAAUGUGUUUUGGCCUAGUCUCGCUUAGUAAUGCACGGCAUUAACUGACACAGCUGGAUGUAAGAACGUAUCGUUCAGCAUAAAUGAUGCCUUCACAGAUGUGCAACUCUACCACUAGGGGAGCCCAUAGGCCUGCCCCAGGCUUCCUUUUGACUUUAUUUUUCCAAUUGACUUGAGUCUAUAUUAGAUAAACUAUGCUUAUAGAAUGCAGAAACAUUUUUUGCCACUUGUUUGAAUGUUUUUUUCUUACUUUGUGUGCUAAAUUUGUGGUUAUUGGUGUCUACCCAAAGCCCAUGCAUCGAUUUCCAUUAUAGAACUAAGGAUCACAAACAUUCGGUACAGGUUUCCAGCCUUGUCCAGAUUUCUCUGGAUCAGGUGAACCCCUUCCUAACUUUACUUCUGAAAGACUCAAUUUCCCUGCGAUGCUCUUUUCAUAUAGCAUGUUACUAAUUAACCUAAUGUGUUGAGCACCAAAUUUCUUUCUGGAUUGCACAAAUUUACAAAAUUUUCCCGUCUAUUGUUGCCUCUGUAAUGACGGCUUUGUAACAUUUUACUGGCAUCAAACUCAAAAUGAGCUCACGUAAAAAAAACAAACGUUGUUUUUACCCUUCUAAAUUAAAUAAAGCUAAUUUUGGCUCGUGCCUUAUUUAAGAGUGGUUGCCAGAGCACGUAGCAACGCAUGCUUGAUUUGGUAGGUCUCUUUUUGUUUUUUUUCUUGUUGUAACCCCGAACGGUUUGUGUCUCCUCCUUUUCAGAGUUUGAAUGAGCUACAAUCAGUUUCCUUCUAAUUUUAUUCACAUUUUUCACAGUGUUUUGACAUUUUAGGAAACAAAGUUAUAAAAAAUUUUGUAGCCUAUACUAUAUUACAAGAAGAGAAUGGUUGGCUGGUUACAACCUCUGUCCAACUGUGGUAGAUUUAUAAAAGCCUAUUUCACAAUCUGAGGAUAACCUUUGUUUAUCUUAAGUUUACUUCCUCAUUUGAGUUUCUGUGAUGUGCUUGAAGACAUUAGAAAUCAUGCUACUUUGACACACUUACUAAGGUAACACACUUUGUCGACUUCCUGCUCUUUUUUUGUUUGUGUGCUAUUUCUUCAUAUGUGCAUAUGUGUGUGCAGCUCAUUAAAACCAUUUAAUGCAGUAUUACUUUGAGAAAUUCUAAAUAUCUGCUAUAUAAAUCAUUGCAUGUUUUUUUUUUUUAUUUGCA